GUUAUAUCGAGAUUUUAUUAUUUAAAAAUGUAAUAAAUAUCUAUUUUAUUUACUUAGGCUCCAAGCCCCGUUGAAAAAUGGUCCGGAAUCAAAGAUUGUACAAAAGAUGGUUCUCCAUCUUAUUCAAAACUUAUGGCUGAAAAUAAAAUAGUUGGCUCGGAGGAUUGCCUUGUGUUAAAUGUCUUUACAAAAACUGUAAAUGAAGAAAUAAAAAUUCAUUUAAAAAUAUUGACCCAAUGAGUUAUUUCAAAAAUUUUUUAGUAUCCGAAUGAAUCAAAUCAAAAACCUGUCAUGUUUUGGAUUCAUGGAGGAGGAUUCACGAUGGGUUCAAGCAACGUAUACAAACCAGAUUUUUUUAUGACCAAAGACAUCGUUCUUGUUACAAUUAAUUACAGAUUAGGAGUUAUGGGUUUUUUAUCAUUCGAAGAUCCUAAAUUAAGAGUCCCUGGUAACGCUGGUUUUAAAGAUCAAGUUAUGGCGUUAAAAUGGGUACAAAGAAACAUAACAAAAUUCGGUGGAAAUCCAAAUAACGUGACAAUUUUUGGGGAAAGUGCUGGAGGAUGCUCCACCCAUAACUUAAUUCUUUCCCCAAUGGCUAAAGGCUUAUUUCAUAAAGCAAUUGCACAAAGUGGUUGUGCGUUAAAUCCUUGGUCGAUCGCAAACAACCCAUUAAAGAAACUUUUAAAAAGUCUUAAUUACAACUAUAAUAACGACAAAGAUACCUUGAAAUAUCUUCAAAGUUUACCCAUUGAAACUAUUUUUGAAGCUCAAGAUCUUAUUGGAGAUAAUUUAGAUAUUGACGGGCAAAGAGAUUUUGGGUUAAUUCUUGAAAAACCAUCGAAAAUUGAAGAAAAUUUUUUGACGGAGGAACCUAUCAAGAUAAUAAAACGUGGGGAUUACAACAAGGUUCCAAUUAUUUUUGGUUAUACCGAUGCGGAAGGAUUAAUUUGCACUGUUUUUAAUCUAAUGUAUCCUCAAGUAAAACUUUCAUUAAAUGAUUUUGAAGAAGCAAUUCCAAGAGAUAUCAAAACACGAUUUGGAAAUGAGAUUUUAAAGAAAAUUUCCGAAAAAAUUAAAGGAUUUUAUUCUGAUAGAUAUAUUUUGCUUCAUGGCGAUAUCUAUUUUGUAUACGGAAUCCAAAAAUCAGCUGAAGAACAUUUAAAAACAUCAAAUGAGCCAAUUUAUCUUUAUCGAUUUUCAGUUGAUGGAAAUCGGAAUCUUUUUAAAGCGAUAUCAAAACCUGAUUAUCCAGGUGCUUCUCAUGCUGAUGAUUUAGCAUACCUUUUCCAUAUGGAUUCUCCUCAAUUACUAAACAAUAAUAUAAUUUCAAUAAAUAGUUUAGAAGAUAAAACCAUUAAAAGGAUGAUUGAAUUGUGGACUAAUUUUGCCACAACAGGAAAUCCCAAUCCUACAAAGCCGAAUGACCUAAUUAAUGUUACUUGGAAACCAAUUUCAAACGGUGCUUUAAAUUUUAUUGAUAUAGGAAGUGAUUUAAGCGGUGGUAUAAAUCCAGAUGGAAAUCGAAUGGAUUUUUGGAAAGAAAUUUAUAAUUCCGUAUCUUAAAACUUAAUUUCUAAAUUAGUUUGGAUAAAAUAUACAA